UUGUUUGUUGUUUGUGUUUGUGGUGUUUAUUUUGAUUAUGUUUGUGUGUGUUCGUGUUGGUGGGCUCUUUCGAAGUUGCACGUACUGGGACAGUAAUUGAAGUGAACAUUCGUACUGUGAAGGGAGUAUUAGACCAUCAGAACUUUUAAAGUUUAGGACAAUAUUACAGGUGCGGGAUUGCGUUCUCAAACCACAGCCGAGGCAACAGCCAGCGACCAGCAACCAGUGACCACCUGGCACCAGCAUCCACCUCCCGCUCCCCCGCACUCCAUAGAAGACCCGUGGGUCCAGUUGUCCAUUCCCCUAUUCGUCCACACAGGAGACCAACCACAUGAAGAUCCUGAGGGUUCAGUAGGCUCAACUAGAGACCCACCUACACUGUCUCCUGCCUGAUGAAAGGAUGCUGUGCAAUCUCAAACACAGACCGCGUUCUCCUCAAUCACCAACUACAACCCCGGCCCAGGUCUCUGUCUUACCCAUGCGAAGAGUGACAUGGGCAUCCCUCAUAGAAGGAAAUAAGAGUGCAAAAGAUUUGUCUUUGAGUAAAUCACUUUCGUGGUUGCUACGACAUGGAGCAAUAACUGAAGGACUGACUGUGAAUGAGAACGGUUACAUACAACUGGAGCAAGUGCUGCAGCACAGAUUGUUUGCCCGCCGUUGCACUGCUGCAGACAUCCGUCGAGUCAUCACUCUCAGCAAGAACCGUUUCUCUCUCCAGGCUAACCCCAAGACUGGAAUAUAUGAAAUCAGAGCCAACUCUGGCCAUACCUUCAAGGAUUCAAACAAUCAGGAAGUAAAAGCUGUUGUAAAAUUGAACCGGGGCAGACCAAUUCCUCAGCCAGGCCUCAGGACUGUCAAGAAUAGUCAUUCUCAGUCCGAGAACCUCAGGAACUACAAUUUGCCAGUGGGUAACAUCCGUCUCUCAGAAGAGGAGGAAGCUGAUGGGAGGCAUGAGAAUGACAAGUUGAUGAAAUAUACUGAAUUGAAGAAGGCUUUAGUGUGGAUUUUACGUCAUGGUGCAGAGAAAGAAGGAUUAACAGUAAAAAGACAUGGUUAUGUCUCCAUUGAUCAAGUAUUAAACCAUGCUUACUUCAAAAACAAGUGCAUGAGAGAAGACAUCUUAACUGUGGUCAACAAUGAACCAUACAACUUCAAAAUCAGAGAAGGUUCUCGUUCUCAGAAGCUGUAUAUAAGAGCAAGAAAGGAACAUCCUAUUAAGCAAGAGCAAGAAGAUUGGUCAGUAAUUCAGGGGUCAAUUUAUCUACCCUUGGACUAUAUAGUGCAUGGGAUCAAUGGCUCAGAUUGGGACUAUGUUUCACAGAAUGGUCUGAAGGUUUCGUCUGUAGGAUAUCUCUACUUCUCACCCUACGAGCCAUCCGAUUGCUGGCACACUCGUGGUGUUUACCGGUACGAUGAUAUAUAUGUCUAUAUCAACGCCCAUGCUGCUAUGCAAGAUGGUAUAGAAUUUUUCCGGACUGCUGAAGACUCAGUUGCUACCAAAGGGGACAGUGAAGGUUUUAUUGGAACUCAGUAUUUUAGGAAAGUUGUUGAGGCUCAAACAGGUAAUCUCUUAUACUCAGAUGGAUCCGACGACGAGUAACAAUGUUUUCUGCGAGGCGUGUAACAUCACUAUGCACAAGAACUCUUCCGAGUCACACUUCAAUGGCAAAAAACACAUGAUAAAACAGCAACAAUUUGAUAAGGUUAACAAAACAGCCGUAGUUAGAGCUCCAUCUGAUCCAGAAACAAGUGUGUUCUGCGAGGCAUGUAACAUCUACUUGCACAACAACCUCUAUGAGUCCCACAUCAGUGGGAAAAAACAUUUGUUAAAACAGAACAAAUUUGAGAUGGCUAAUAAAGCGGUUUUUGUUAGUGGUAAGUUCACACUGCCGUACACAUUAAUUAAUUAUUCUACC